CUUCUCUUAAAGUGUAAGAUGUUUCUUUUAACCCAGUAGCUUUGACACGGUCCAACAUGUCUGCCCCCUCUCCGGCAGCGGUCCACCGUCUCCCCCAUUGCGGCUGCCGGAGCGGCCCGCCGGCUCUGAGACGUCCGCCGUGUUUGCUUACAGUAGAGCCGGAUGGGAGCUUCCGCCUCGGCUGUGAGCGAGCUGUCACCGCGGGAGGAUGAACAACCAGAGAUGUAGCACUUUAUUCCUGAAACUGAAAGGACGGAAGGGGAUCAUACACUGUAUCUAUGUGGUGGGCUUUAUGGACUUGUUCGGGGUGAGCAUGAUCAUCCCGCUCUUGAGCCACCAUGUAAAGGCUCUUGGCGCGAGUCCCACAGUGGCUGGAAUCGUGGGAUCUACGUAUGGAAUAUUGCAGCUUUUCUCCAGCACAAUAGUGGGCAGCUGGAGCGACGUGGUGGGGCGGCGCUAUUCCCUGCUGACGUCUAUCCUGCUGAGCGCCUGCGGUUACGGCCUGCUGGGGAUUUCUACAAGCAUCACUUUAUUUGUCCUCGCACGAAUACCUGUGGGGCUGUUCAAACACUCCUUGUCCAUCUGCAGAGCUUUGCUGUCAGACCUGGUGUCUGAAUCAGAGCGCCCUCUUGUGAUGGGACACUUUAAUGCGGCCUCCAGCGUCGGCUUCAUCCUGGGUCCUGUAGUAGGCGGCUACCUCACUGAGCACGAAGGAGGCUUUUACACCUCCUCAUUUACAUGUGCAGCCAUCUUUCUUAUCAAUGCUGGGCUGGUGUGGCUGCUGCCGUGGAGCGAGACGAUAACCGAUCGAAACGCAACUAACUGCAGCAACAGCGCCAGCAAAAGGUGCCACGACAAACACUGCGGCAAGUCUGUGCAGAACGGCUCUCAUGCAAACAACCACCACUCAGCGUCGCCGACGGAGACCGAAGCGGAGCGCAGAGCUGCUGGGAAGCCUGGCCUGAGGUGGAGGGAGGUGUCGCUGCUCCAGCCUGCAUGGAGACAGCUCACCUCCGUCAGCUCCAGGAUUCACAUGGUGGCCUCUUCCGACAUGUGGGACCUCUUUCUGGUGCGUCUCUUGAUGGCCGUCGCCAUCAUGCUCUACUACAGUAACUUCUCUCUGGCCAUGGAGGAGCGUUUCUCGAUGAAACCGAAGAUGACGGGCUAUCUGAUCAGCUACAGCAGCACCUUGGGGGCCCUGGCCGGGUUCCUGGUGGGGCCGGUCACCCAGCUCUACAGGAACAACAUGCCCGCUCUGCUGCUCCACUCCACCAUGCUCACCUGUCUGCUCAUUUUCCUCUACGCCGCCGCUCCGAGCGUGUGGCAGGUGGUGCUCACCUCCACCUUCUUCGCCAUUUCUACCUCUAUCGGACGGACGUGCAUCACAGACCUGGAGCUCCAAAGGGGAGGCGUCCACACCAGCGGGACUCUGAUCGGGGCCGGCCAGUCGGUGACGGCCGUGGGCCGCGUCCUGGCCCCGCUCCUCUCUGGUCUGACCCAGGAGAUCAGCCCCUGCGGUCCGCCCAGUCUGGGGGUCGUGCUCGCUCUGGCAGCUGUGGGUUUGCUCCUCGUCAGAAUCCCAAAGUGGGACGGGAGGGCGCUGGCAAAAACAGUGAAACUUUAAAACCGUUUCUGCAGCUGAAUGACGAUCUUUUGUCGAGUCGAUGCAGAUCCGCCACUUUUCGAAGUGCUCUUAUUUGCGGCAAGCAUCUGUGGCGAACGGGAGACCCUCAGCGCGAACAGAGUCUCUCACCACGGAUGCCUCCGCCAAACGAAUCUGCUGAUGUCACGACACAAGGACCGCAGGCUUUUCUCUCAGGGACCGUGGACGUUUGCAGCUCGGAGGAAAAGGCUGCAGAAUUUCUUGUGCUUCCUUACAUGCUGAAGUCGGAUCUCACAGAAACACGCAGUGAGGGCCUUAACUUUGGCUCGGUGUCCUUGUUACUGCAAUAAUCUACGCCGUGUUGUUAAUUUAGUUCUGUCAGCGCUACUUAGAGGUACACUCGCCACUGAUUUAUGAAGACACAAGACCACUGAAACUGUCGUUAUUGCAGAUCCUCUAGUUAUAACUUUGUGACCAAUACUCGUUCUGCAACUGUUGGAAAGGUUCGCAAGGAUUUUAUCCAUUUCUAAUUUCUCUUUCCAAACCAUUUGUGUGCAUUUAAAAUGUUUCUGCUGUUAGCAGUCAUUAAAUAUUUAUAUUAGGAAUGUUAAGUUGUGUUAAAAAAAGGGGAAGGGUUACCAUCUUAUAAGAAACACUAAAUGAUGUUGCUGUUUACAUUUUAAUUCUGUUCAAACUUCCCAUUAUCUACUUUAUUCCAUUACACACUGAUAUUUUUUUACUGUUAUAUUUCCAUUUUACAAUUUUUUGCAGAUGCUAAGCAGAUGCUAACAUAAAUAAAAAUGGUUUAUUUAAAAAUAGGAUGUGUAGUUAAUAUUAAAUUUAGACAUAUUUCUACUUAUCAGCAUGAACCAUAAUUAUGAAUAAUGGUAGCUAAGCUAUUUCAGGAACCUAAAUUAUGUUAUUAAUGCUGCUAAACAGAGCUUUGAAAAAUGUAAUUAAAUCAUGAGUUUUAUUGGGGCUUUUUUAAUGCAUGUAGCUCAGAAGCUCCUUUCUACUGCAAAAUCACAACCGGUGUGUCCUGCACACUGUUAAACCUAGAUGGCAGGAAUGUUCUUCCAAAAUGAUCCAAGGAUAGGCUGGACCAGAAGCAGUUCAAGGCAACGUCUCAACACUGAAAAGGGUUAAGUCUUGCUCUCUCUCACUAAAUCGAAGUCUGAUCCAACUGCAGACAUGAUUGGGCUGCUUACAUGCAGGCCGGUUGAAUUCCAAUCAGCAGCAUUUCUCUUGACGCAUCUUCACUAUUGAUUAUUGAUUAAGACGUAUUGUAACGGAGGAAAUUGUGAGAAAAGGUCAUAAAGCAUCAGAAUGUAAAGAUAAUCUACCAAAGCAGAGAUUAUGGUUUCAUCUAUACAACACAUGCUGUUAUAGAUGCAUCAAUUGUAUUUCCUCCUUUAGCCUUAUAAAACAGCUUUCAUGUAGCAAAAUUGCACUAUGCCUGUGUGUCAUUACUUGAUUUCAUUUGCAGUUUUUAUCUAAAGUCCCAGGUAAGAAUUUUCACCUUAGAUAAAUCACUGUGAUAAAUUUGUGAUUGUAAUUUUUCACCAUUUAAAAAAUUGUUCUAUAUUAUUUCGGGCAUAUUGACCUGUUUAAAUUGUAGAAGUAGUAAUAUGAAAAACUUUUACAAAUUACACCUCAGUGGCACCUUUUCUUUUCUAAUGCAGUGUAAAUGGUGUAAAGUAAAUUCAGCUUUUAACCUUAAUGGCAACUCUAAAUGAAGUAAAUCAUUUUUUUUCUUUGCACUACAUAUUAAACAAGUACAGCCCUAAAUAAUGGUAAGUAUUGUUCAAAAUAAUUGUGAAUGAAAGUUUUUCUUUUUAUGUCUGAGUUCAAGAUGCCCUUACUGUGACGCAUAAAAAAGUCCAGUUUGACUUAAAACAGUAUUUUGACAGUUUUAUUUUAUCUCGUAUUCAGUUGCUAAACACCAUAAUUAAUCACUACAUCAUAUUAAUAUGUCUUUUAGAUUUAGGGCAAAAUCACUUUCUGUUGUUAAACUAUUCUAGCUUUAAAUUAAGCUUUUCAUUUUCUGAAAGAAAUGCAAUGUGGUGAGUUCAUCUGUAAUUUAGCUUUUUUUUUUCUUCCCUCUGCAUAUCUGCACCUCUCAUCUACGUGGGCCCCAUGUGGCUGGAUGGGAACUGAGUUUGCAAUCGGCUCUUGAAUUGACUAAAUAUGACUAACGGCAGUAAAACUGCUGUUCUACUACUACUGGUUUCUGAAAGAUAGUUGAAAACACAUCUAGGACUCACACAAGACCCACAGCUUUAAUUUUUAAAUAUUUUUGCAGAUGCAAGAGAAGUUUGUUCAGAGACUUUGGUAAGUCUUUGUUCUUUUAAAUGCGAAACCUUUGUGUUUUUACAGUUUAAUCACGUUUUGCAUUCUUCAGUUGUCCCCCAUGCGUUAUGGAGGAGUUUGUGUUUAUGAAGGUUCAUCACUGCUGUUGGUUGGACUAAUGUUUUAAUAUUUAAUAUUUGCAGUGCCUUUACAAAAGUGUUUG